UCUUCGUCGUAAGGUCGGGCCAGGUCGGGCCAGUUGCGAGGAAUCGAAAAAAUGGCGACUCGUCUGCUUAAAGUUAGUUCCGCAUUGCGGACUUAUACUAAUAAAACCAGCCUCGUUAAGACUCAAAAGCAAUGGCGUUCUACAGCACCAUCCAUAAAAGAGAUGCUUAUCAAUCAACCUGCAACAAGAGUUACAACUCUGGAUUGUGGUAUGAAAAUUGCAAGUGAAGACAGCGGUGCUCCAACAGCCACAGUAGGGCUUUGGAUUGAUGCUGGUAGUCGCUUUGAAACUGAUGAAAACAAUGGUGUAGCACACUUCAUGGAGCACAUGGCUUUUAAGGGAACUACUAAACGUUCGCAAACUGAUUUAGAAUUGGAAAUUGAAAACAUGGGUGCUCACUUGAAUGCUUAUACAAGCAGGGAACAAACAGUAUUUUAUGCUAAAUGUUUGUCGCAAGAUGUACCAAAAGCUGUAGAAAUACUGAGCGAUAUCAUUCAAAAUUCAAAGCUUGGUGAAAAUGAAAUUGAAAGGGAACGUGGUGUCAUCUUACGAGAAAUGCAGGAGGUUGAAACAAAUCUCCAAGAAGUUGUUUUUGAUCACUUACAUGCUAGUGCUUACCAAGGUACACCAUUGGGAAGGACAAUUCUAGGUCCCACUAAAAAUAUUAAAAGUAUCACACGAAAUGAUCUUGUAAAUUAUGUCCGGCAAUACUAUGGCCCCCCAAGAUUUGUUCUAGCAGGUGCCGGUGGUGUAGACCACAAUGCCCUGGUACAAUUGGCUGAGAAAUAUUUUGGUCAAAUGAAAGGACCAUUCUAUGAUGAAAUUCCUCUUCUUAAUGUACCCUGUCGUUAUACUGGCUCUGAAAUCAGAGUUCGUGAUGACACAAUUCCUCUUGCACACAUAGCCAUUGCUGUAGAAGGUGCUGGGUGGGCUGAUGCAGACAACAUUCCUCUUAUGGUUGCAAAUACUCUUAUGGGAGCCUGGGACCGCAGCCAGGGAGGAGGUACAAAUAGUGCAAAUCAUUUGGCUCAGGCUGGUGCAGUCGCAGGAUUUUGCCAUAGUUACCAAAGCUUUAACACUUGCUACAAAGAUACUGGUCUUUGGGGUAUAUACUUUGUAUGCGAUCCCAUGACAUGUGAAGACUUUGUAUUCAACAUCCAAACUGAAUGGAUGAGAUUAUGUAUAUCCGUCACAGAAAGAGAGGUAGAACGCGCAAAGAACAUUCUUAAAACAAAUAUGCUCCUUCAGUUAGAUGGAACAACCGCAAUAUGCGAAGACGUUGGUCGACAGAUACUCUGUUAUAACCGACGUAUACCCCUUCACGAACUGGAGGCCAGGAUAGAUAGCGUAACGGCCAAGAAUAUUCAUGACGUUGGCAUGAAAUAUAUUUACGAUCAGUGUCCAGUAAUUGCAGCUAUUGGACCAGUUGAGAACUUGCCCGAUUACAACGUAAUUCGAAGUGGCAUGUACAGAAUACGACUCUAAACAAAUUCCUUCAAUAGAAUUUAAAACGAGUCACCGACAUCAUUUUUAGUGAAAAAAAUUUGUAUUAAAUUGAGACUACAAAUACAUAAACUGUUUUUCGUAAAUAUUAAUUACUGUUAACAUUUAUCCAUAAUAUUUAUUGUCUGGUUUGAAACAUGUAAUGAAAGUUCAUACAUAUAUAUUUCAAACGCACGUUGUAGUUUCAUUUUAAUAUCUGUUCGACGAUUAGUCUUUUGCCGAACAUGUACUAUCAGGCUUAAAU